CUGACGUGUACUUGAAAGACUAUUUAUGGACUUUUGAAACUUGAAGGACCAAUCAUGCAUAACUCAUAAAGUUGAAGGACUAUUUAUAGACUUUUGAAAUUUGAAGGACCAAUCGUGCACAACUCAUAAAGUUGAAGGACCAACAGUGGAGUUUAGCCGGAGAAAUAAACCAACUUUUUGAUAGAUAGUCAAGUUAGCUCCUUGAUCUUUUGUUUGCCUCUUCCUUUGUUCCAUAACCCUAUCAAUUUCAACUCUUUGAGAAAUCAGUCAGUCACCUUAGCUCCAUGUCUUGCUUCUUAAAUGCAGGUAGCAUCCACCGUUUUUCACGUAUGACUUGUAUUCAUAAACCAUUAUUUUGGUGUACUCCUUGGUAUUUAUUUCAGAUAUCCCAUCUAUGUUCUUUCACUUCUGUUGAUCAGGAUUAAAGACGGGAAGGGUGAAACAUUCUAUCCCAGAUCAUCAUUCAAUAUCAACUGUACUGGUGAUGUUUGCAAAGGAGACGUUGUAUUGUUCACACAAAAAGUGUACAAGAAUUUUGACAAGAUGACCAGGAGUGGCAAUGUUUCAGGGAAGAGAACUAUUGCUGGAAGAGUUGUUAAGGAAAGUUAUGGUGCUGCAAAACAACAACAUACUUUUACUGUUGAAGUGUUGUGGAACCGAGGUGUUAAGAAGCUGCCUCCACUUUUCCCUUUGCUUGUUAAGGGUCGGAACCUCUACAAACUGAAAGUCUUCAGACAGCGAUGGAAAAAUGAAAAGGAAAGAUUAAGAGUGCUUGCAGAGAAGCAUCAACGAGGAGCAGCUGCUAGACUUGUCAGAGAAACUAGAAAGAUGAGAUCUAUGGAGAGAAAACAAGCCUUCACAGAUAGAAAAGGCACAAAAAAGCGAAAGCAUGAAGAAGAUCACAACCACAAACAUGGAAGCAACAAAAAACCAAAGAAUCGCCAUGGGAGAAAACCCAAAGCCACAACUUCAUCAACUCGUCAAAGACCUCGAAACCGUGCAAAUGCUAGUCAUCUCGCUAGAAGCAACUCCUCAUUUGAUAUCCGACCUGAUACACACUAUCACCAGGGCGCCUUAUUGUUUCUCCCGCCCCAGAAUUAUGGCCACUUUCCAUCUGAGGCCUACAACCAUAUAAUGCCAUACCCAGUUUCUCAUGGUAGGAACUUUGCGUCUCUAAUGCAUUUGCCACAUGUAAGUGCUUCUUCUUCUGUUAUGGCUAAUCUAAACCCGAGAGAAUAUGACCGUAGACAUCACCCGCACCCUUAGCUAUGUUUCACGAUUUGACCUUAUUCGGUUUGGGCGUUGGAAAAUAUGAUAUGAACACAACAUUGCACAAGAAAAAUCAAUUAUAGGAUAGGGAAUAUACAAAAUAUGGAUUAUUUCAGCCCCCCCCCCCCUCCUGUUAUACCAAAAUGAUGUGCCUUAGUUCCGAAUAUACCUCGUACUAUUCGGCCAAAUUUGAGGGGUCUUCGAGACGGGGUUUAUCCUUUUUUACUACGGUAAUAAAUUUUAUGAGGGAUCCGGUUCCACUAGGAUGUUAUCCAUAUUUUUAUAUAGAGUAUUUGAGUGUCACAAUAUACAGUUUCAUUUUUA